CUUAUGAAACAAAUUAGUGCAUCUGCAGUAAGCAGGUACAGCGAAACAAGAGGGUUUCGUAGGCUGUGUCUACAGGCAUCAACCCGGCACAUCAAAUCCGAGGGAAGAAAUGCUUCUUUCUUUGGACUUGACAUAAAUAUCACCUCCAGGGAGCCAGCAAAAGAACGAGAUGGCCCCUAAUUCCAUCCACUGGUUCCGAAAGGGCCUUCGUCUCCAUGACAACCCAGCGCUACGGGAAGCGGUCAGAGGGGCAGGCACAGUGCGCUGUGUUUACUUCCUGGACCCCUGGUUCGCAGGCUCCUCCAGCGUCGGGGUCAACAGGUGGCGGUUUCUCCUCCAGUGUUUGGAGGACCUGGACGCCAACCUUCGGAAGCUCAACUCCCGCCUUUUUGUCAUCAGGGGCCAACCAGCCAACGUGUUCCCACGGCUCUUUAAGGAGUGGAAGAUCUCCCGGCUGACCUUUGAGUAUGAUUCUGAGCCUUUCGGCAAGGAGAGAGACGCUGCCAUCAAGAAGCUGGCCAUGGAGGCAGGCGUGGAGGUCAUCAUCAAGAUAUCACACACCCUCUACGACCUGGACAAGAUCAUAGAGCUGAAUGGCGGGCAGCCUCCUCUCACCUACAAGCGUUUCCAGACCCUGAUCAGUCGGCUGGAUCCUCCUGAGAUGCCCGUGGAGUCGCUGUCAGACACCCUGAUGGGUCGCUGUGUCACCCCCAUCUCCGAGGACCACGGAGACAAAUACGGGGUCCCGUCCCUGGAGGAGCUGGGCUUUGACAUCGAGGGCCUGCCUUCAGCCGUGUGGCCGGGAGGAGAGACUGAGGCUCUGACAAGGAUAGAGCGCCAUCUGGAGAGAAAAGCGUGGGUGGCAAAUUUCGAGCGUCCCAGGAUGAACGCCAACUCGCUGCUGGCCAGCCCAACAGGCCUGAGCCCCUACCUGCGCUUUGGCUGCCUCUCCUGUCGCCUUUUCUACUUCAAGCUCACAGACCUCUACCGCAAGGUGAAAAAGAACAGCUCCCCUCCACUCUCUCUGUAUGGUCAGUUACUAUGGCGGGAGUUCUUCUACACCGCGGCGACCAACAACCCGCGCUUCGACAAGAUGGAGGGGAACCCCAUCUGCGUCCGCAUCCCCUGGGACAAAAAUCCUGAGGCCCUUGCCAAAUGGGCCGAGGCCAAGACAGGUUUCCCCUGGAUAGACGCCAUCAUGACUCAGCUGAGGCAGGAGGGCUGGAUCCAUCACCUGGCCAGGCAUGCAGUGGCCUGCUUCCUCACCAGAGGGGACCUGUGGAUCAGCUGGGAGGAAGGGAUGAAGGUCUUUGAAGAGUUGCUUCUAGAUGCAGACUGGAGCGUGAACGCAGGCAGCUGGAUGUGGCUGUCCUGCAGUUCGUUUUUCCAGCAGUUUUUCCACUGCUACUGCCCCGUGGGCUUCGGACGCCGCACCGACCCCAACGGGGACUUCAUCAGACGAUACUUACCUAUCCUCCGAGGUUUCCCUGCUAAGUACAUCUAUGACCCGUGGAACGCUCCGGAGUCCGUACAGGCGGCCGCAAAGUGCAUAAUCGGAGUCCAUUACCCGAAGCCCAUGGUGCAUCACGCAGAGGCAAGCCGGCUCAACAUUGAGAGGAUGAAGCAGAUCUACCAGCAACUUAGCCGAUACAGGGGACUGGGCCUGCUGGCAUCAGUGCCGUCAACCAACGGAAAUGGAAACGGAGGAAUGAUGGCCUACUCUCCCGGGGAGCAGCAGCCAGGGACCAACAACAAUUCACAUUUGCCUGGAGUGUCAGGGAGCUCCGUUGCAGCGGGUAACGGCAGCGGAAGCAUCCUACUCAACUUUGACAAUGAAGAACAGACCAGGCCUAGCAGUGCUGGGCAACAGCAACAACGACUGCAACCGCUCCCACAACAACAACAGCAUGGAUACCACUCAGUGCCAGACGCCAGCCAGACCAUCACCAGCGGCCGACUCUACCACGAGUUUGCUGUGCCUCAACACCCAGGACUCCUGCACACCAGAGGCAGUAUCACAGGAAAGCGGGAGCGCGAGUCGGAACGUGAAGGGUCGGGGGAGAAAGACCCGGCGUCCUGCUCCGUGCACAAGAUGCAGAGGCAGAGUGCAGAGACUACCUAAAGCAGGCAGACAUGGGAGCGUCUGAAUCCAAAUUAGAGUCACUAUCUGGCCAGCGGAGAGAGAGGAAAUCCCAACGUCGCCACCUGUCCUCCAAACACACGCAGCUCCAGAUGUGACUGCCUUCUCUUCAAACACAGGGCAUCUAAAACUGCUCUCUGUCUUUACGGUCAACCCCGGGGUGUAAACACAAAGGUGAAAAUGUGAUUUUGGCUCUUGACACAAUUUCUAAAAGGGCUUUUACAUCAUAGAGUCAGUUGACCUCUGACCUCUUGUAGUUGCGUACAGACAUGCGGGACGACCUCAGUGGAGUGUGCAAAGAAACAAAACGCCUCAAACCUAGAGCUCAACUUAUUUGUUAAAAAAAUAAACUACAUUAUUGUCUUAAAACUGCUGCCACCAGCCACUAUAUACUGUAUGAACACUGAAGCAGCUAUAAAUGUAAGUAAUAGAAUAUUUAGUUUUUUUGCAAAUACAACUCCAUCAAUCAUCUUGUCUGCCCUUGCAUACACUAAUGUAAAACCAGGCUAAUUAUGUCAGGGUGUACAGAGACUUUUUUGUACUUUUCCCACAGCUUUGUAGUAAUGUGCUACAUCCCAUAGUGUUAACCAGGAAAAAAACGUCACCACCCUCACUCCAGGAAUAUGUUUUGUCACAGAUGUAAUAGUCUUUACAAUGGAAAAACGCUGUUUAUACUGAUAUUGUAUGUUUAUGUUUCUCGUGUUUUUGAGAUGAAAUAUUUGUAAAUAAGCUAAUUAGAUUUUUAACGAAAUAGUUUUUCACAGAAGAUAAGAAUCUGGACAUCAAAAAAUGAAGGUCUUUAAACUGUAUUACUGUGUUAUUAACCCUGAUUUCACCAGGCAAAAUGACUAAAGCACGUGUGUAUUCACUGUUACAGCCUGGCGGGUCGUUUCAGGGACUUUGUUGAAAAUGUUAGUCAUUUCUCAGCUUUUGUCUCACUAGUUUGCAUGUAAAUAUACCAUUCUUCAGGCACUGAGGGUCCAGUUGGUUAGUGAGCAUGAUAUAAUCCUUAACACAAAUGCGACUAUUCACACCCAUUCCCAUUUCAUGGGAACAUCUACCACUGCCUGGUUAGCAUAUGUGAUCACUUGAUUUGUAUCGGCAGCUAACAACAGUGAUUUGUAUAUUUUUUCGAACAGUAUCUAAGACGUACAAUAUCAAGGAUAACAAACCAAUUUCUAUUGUUGGUCUUUAAAAACAUGUUUAGAGUGUGGUACUGUAGAUUAAUUAGGAAAUGUUUUGUCAGGUCACUUUGGCUGUAAAACUGCCUUUAGAGUGUGGCAUUAUGGGUAAACGAAUUCUUGUGUAGUUUUUUUUGUGGGAAUGGCACGGCGUGAUGUCUGUGAGCUCAUCAGAGGUGGACAAGUAGCUGAACACACAGAAGUAAAAGUUUUCUUAAAAGUAAUUGUCAAGUAAUUAUAUCGUUGUUUCUUUUUAUGCUUUUUUUUUAAAAUGUUUUUCCGUUUUUUGGAAAACCAUUUAGAUCCUGAGCCUUUGCUACUUUCAACAUAAUACACAUAAUCCCAUUAACAUCAGUCAAACAUGUGCAGGGUCUGUUCUGUGUGGUUAUUGAAAAUUAUAGGGUUUUUUUCACUUGACCAUCUUCAGCCAUCUUCAUUUCAAGUGUUGCUUUGUCAUCCUGGCAUUGUUUCCCGCAUUAUUAAUCAUGUACAGAUCUAUCACCUGCAUUUCACACCUGUGUGAAGUAACAGUGAUUUGUUAUAGAACAGAAGACGAUCCUUCGACAAUAUACAAUACUGAUUUGACUUCGCCCUUCAAAAGUCAGUCACACUUUCACCUCUCUGUUUCCGCCCGCAAAUCUUCAUAGUUUCUAAAAUGUCUCAAAAACAGAUUAUGCCUGUAGAAGUUAAAAAACAAAUGCCAUUGGAGAAUCUCUGAGAAAUUCUGUGGUGUUUGAAAAUUUUGAACUUUUUUGCUGUGCAACAUGUUCCAACAACCAAAAAAAUGUUGCGGUCAGUUUGGGAGAGGAUGUGGUUCGAGGUAACUUCUCUUAAAUACCAUGAGGACGGAGCACACAGGCAGCUGGGUGCAAACUCCUCUCAAAGGUGUCACAUUUGCUGUGUCUUCUUUUUCUUAUAAAAACCAAAAACUUUCUAAAAAGGAAGGAAAAAAGUAAAGCAAAGUUGAGCCUACACAAUAAAAGACAGGCGACAGUGUCUGAUCCAAAUGAGCCUAAUUCUGUCAGCAAAACAGAAACCAACAUUCCUCCGAGACAAGAGUACCCUCCUGAUGAAGGAUUUCUACUCCUGCACAGGGAAUUCAACAAUAUAUAUGUAGGGCUACUUGCGAAAUUUUGCAACCUGCAUACACACACACAUAUCUGACAAAACCUGGACAUAUGAUGACCACAAUUUGAUACAUUGAUUGAUAAUAAACAAAUGAGAAGCGUCACAAAAUGGCCGCUGUAAAGUUGUCUAUGGGAGGAUUGCGUAACAACAUUGGAAAGAUGAAGUUUCAUCCACCCUUCACUAUCACCUUUACUCCUGGUGAGAAGAAUGCAUUUGAAUUGAUUCAAAGAAUGUACGAUUCCCCCCUGUAAAAUACACCCAGCAGCUUCUCUUGCUGAUGUUAAUACCCCCACCCUACACACACACACACACACACUAAACAUUUGCAACUUCACAACUCUUGCAUACACUCACAUAAAGGUUUUACAGAUAAAUACACUGUAAAUUCUCAAAUUAAAACAACUCAAGUCAUUUUUAAAAACAAAUUAAUUCCUGGUUCCUGAACCAACAACUCACACCAAUUCAUUAAUUCGGAUCUGUUCUAUUUUGCCAUGUUUUCAUUAUAUUAAGCUGCUGUCAUUGAAAGCAACACUUCUGUUGAUGUUUCGCAAUAAAUGCUCUCUAGGGGAGAUAAACGUAUUGUAGUGUUUCUGUAUUAUAAUUCUGUAUGUUCUCAAGAGGAUUUGAACAUUGGUAGUUUUUUGUAGCUUUUAUCACGAAAAACAAGUUGAACCAAGUUUUUAUUCUUGUUUUUUUUUUUUUGUUCUCUCUCUGUGACAUGAAAGUGAAAACAGAUGCCAUCUAUCAUCUCUAUAAUAUUAUGCUCUUUCUGUCUCUCCUUGUGUUGUGAAAGGCUUUUCUUGUGCUUGAUCAAGUUCAUGACAGUACAUUAAAAUUGUUACAACUUGA